CAAAUUAAUUUAGAAUUAAAAUAAUUUCAUUUAUUUUUUCUCAAUAUUGUCGUCUGCGUUUCAGUCGUCUGCUUUACCUAUUCAUUACUAUUAUACGGGUUUAGUUAUACCUGAAUGAGCACGGCUGGUUCCUACUGAACGUAUUGGUACCACUGCCUACAGUGCAUAUAAAAACAGGAAAACUCGUGUUCUCCUUCCCUUUUGCUAGCUACACACUAACUUUGACGUACGAAUUUUGAGAUAGUAAAAUGCCACGCGGACGUCGUAGGCGGGAAGCUACACCCCCAAGGGUGCUUAGAAAUAGGAGGCCGCAGGUGCAGGAGCCAGCCGUACCGCAGCGGCACGAACGCCGGAAUCUACGUGGACAGGGGCCACAGGUGCUGGAGCCAGCCGCACCACAACGGCAGGAACGCCGGAACCCUCGUAUACAGGGGCCGCAGGUGCAGGAGCCAGCCGCACCACAGCAGGAAGAACCACAACGACAGGAGGCGCUUGAGGGAAGCCCCAGAGCCCAGGGGGACAGACGGAGUACAGGCCGUGGCCAGAAGCGGACACAUGAGACAUUAGAGGAGGACGCUUUGGAUGACAGAGUCAGGCAGUCGAACUCUGACAACCAGAUUCAGAAAACUAGCCCCAAAUGCGGACUGGGAACCCCAUCCGGUUCCGGAAUUCCUAUGGAGUGUCUUCGAUCUAGAGCUCGAACACUGUUACAGACGGCUAUAGCACCAAAUUCACAUUUAACAUAUAGUAAUGCCAUCAAUGCCUUCGAAAAGUUUAGAAGUGUAUAUCAUUUACGCUCUCAAUGGCCUGCACCUGUACAAGACGUUGUUUUAUUCAUAGCAUAUUCUUUUGAAAAGGGGCAGUCACCCAAGACGAUUUCUACAUACGUGGCUGGUUUAAAUUAUUUUCAUAAACUUCACGGUUUUUAUGAUUUACUGAGUGUUUUCAUAAUAAGUAAAUUAUUAGAAGGAUGUCGUAGAAAUCGCCCUACACGGGACAAUAGGGCCCCCUUGACUAAAGACAAAUUGAUUACUGUGGGUAAUGUUUUACCGACAAUAUGCUAUACUGAUUACGAACCAAAUUAUUUCUUGCUUUAUUUACUACAGCUUAUUUUG